UAUAUUCUACGCCUUCUAUUAAAAAUGUAAAACAGUACAAGUACAUAAUAUAGUAUUGGCGUAAGCUUUGGUGGGUUUUCGUGCCACAAUUUAGCUUGCGUGUAACAACAGAACUGAAUGCAAUGAUAACGUUUCCGAGGGGAUUUAUUUUGGCGGCGUACCCCUGGCAAACCAGAGAGGAGACACGUAAUUAUGUUGACAGUGACGGUCUAUUCAUCUGAUAUCACCACCGUUAUGUAUCUACGUUAAGAUUAUUGUAAGCAGUGACAUCAGACUCGGAAACAUGACUCAAAAUCAUCUGUCAGGCAUGGAGACGUCUGCCGUCUCUGUACUGAAGAGGGCGGUGGAGUUGGACCAGAGUGGCCGCUUCCUGGAGUCUCUUGUCUGCUAUCAAGAGGGUGUCCAGCUGCUUAUAGACGUCUUGAAAGCCGUGAACGAUGAGUCCAAGAAAGGACACUACAGGGAGAAGAUCAAGGGCUACAUUGACAGGGCAGAGCAAAUCAAAGCGCAUGUGAACCAAAUGAAAGAAGACGGGAAGUACCACGAGCAGAUCAAGAUAGCAGAGGAUGCCACAGGUUACAGCUAUGAAGCCGUUUUCAAGCCAUACAUCAGCGGCACACUCACAGAAGUCUGGGUGGAAGACCCAUACAUACGUAACACUCACCAGCUGUACAACAUCCUGAGGUUCUGCGAGAUGUUGCUCAAAGCGCCCUGCAAGGUGAAAACCAUCCAUCUCCUCACAUCAUCAGACGAAGCUGACGCUAGCCAACAGAGAAGCGCUCUGGCCGAGCUGAAGGACAGCCUCAAUGCUCAUGGUGUCGCUCUGGACCUGCAGUACUCUUCCACCAUCCAUGACAGGGAAAUCAGGUUUGAUAACGGUUGGAUCAUCAAAAUUGGAAGAGGGCUGGAUUACUUCAAAAGACCCAAAGGACGAUUCUCCGUUGGAUAUUGUGACCAUGACCUGAGGCAGUGCUACGAGACCACAAUAGACAUUUUCCACACAAAACACACCAAAACCCUAUGAGGAAGACAUCCUCAUUUUUAAAAUGUCAUAUUGAUCUGUCUUAACAGUUGUAAUGUGUAACAAUAAUGUCAUCUCCUAUACAAAUUUUACAAUAUCUGUUGAGAUAUUUUUUCAUUGGAUGCUCUUGAAAGUGGGAAACUGGGUGGUGGUUAGUUGUUUUUAUCUGUUGGCGAAGUAUUGUAAUAAAAUGUCUUUAUUAUU